AAAUGACCUUUACCAGCGCUUAGUAUGGCUAUGUGAAAUGCCGUCACUAAUUGUCCAUUGUUGCACGUGGAACGUCGGUGAUGAAAAACCAGGAAGCGAAGACCUCUCUUCCCUUCUUGGAGUUAACGCAAAACCAUCACCCGAUGUAAUAAGCGUUGCACUUCAAGAAGUCUGUGGAGAUGACGCAUGGAGACAAAAGCUACUGGAACACUUGUAUCCUCAUGGUUAUGUGCUGAUCAAGUCACGUAAUUGUUGGGCCAUUUGGAUUUUUUCGUUUCUGAAGAGAAACCUUUUGCCUGCAGUCACAAAUAUUGAGUCCGAGGUAACAGCCUCAGGAUAUGCUGGUGUCAUGGGAAAUAAGGGCGGGGUUAGUGCGAGAUUUGAACUUUGUGGGAUAAACAUGAUCUUUCUUUCGUGUCAUUUUACUGCCCACAGAGAAAACAAGCAAGAUCGGUUAAAUGAUUAUAUCGAUAUUAUAGAUCAUCAGAGUUUUAGGGAUGAAGAUGUCAAUGUCAUCAUUGAUCAUGAUUAUGUUUUCUGGAUGGGUGAUUUAAAUUUUCGUAUCGAUCACCUCAAAAAAUCUGAAGUGGAGUUAAUGGUCAAACAAAAACGUUUUAACGAACUUCUACAGCAUGAUCAACUUCUUAAUAUGAAAAACGAAAAAUUGUUAUUUCAUGAUUUUAAUGAAGGCACUAUAUCCUUCCCCCCAACCUUCAAAUUUGACAAAGGAACGGAUACAUACGACAGUAGUAAAAAGCAGCGCGUUCCUGCGUGGACAGACCGUAUAUUGUAUAUGGUUCACCGAGAUUUUGCUCUUGAUCACCACCUUAACCUCCCUGAAAGUGACCGACAAAGACCAGCUAGCCCAUCCCGUCGAUUGCCUGUACGUGGGUCACCAUCCGAAGUGGAAGAAAAGUUCCCAGCAAACAAAUCUAUCAAAGGGAGACAACACCCUGAGGCCGUUUUACUCAAGUAUACUAGUUUGAAUGAAUACAAAACUUCGGAUCAUCGGCCAGUUAUCGCAGUAUUCAAAUUAUCUGUGCCUCCAAGAUGGUUUAGCUUACCUGUCAAAUUUAUUGAGCCUGAUGGUAAAGCAUAUUCAUUCAAUGCCAAUUUGGAAAUAUCGUACCAAGUUCUUGAUCCACCCGGCCUAUUAAGGCUUUCAGAAACAAAUUCAUUACUUUCAUCCAAACAAUAUGUUCCAGUAUCUGAUUUUGCCAAACUACUCUUAUUAAAUACACUAGGACACUCUUCAAAAUCGGGAAAAUCAGAAAGCACAAAUGAUGAUGAUUUAGGCCCACUGGCUCCACCAACUUUACAAACUACAUCAUUUGACUGGAUAGCCCUUUACCCAGCAGAAUUCGCAGAUCUGGAAAAAGAUUAUAUAACCUACGUUUAUGCAUCAAGUAAUGUAUCUCAAGCGAAGCAUCGAAAAAAUUCUGUUUCUUCCGCCCUAUUGCAGCCUUCAAAUACAGCGAAAUUUCAAGAGUUAUAUAAGGCUAGAAUUGAAUCAAGUCGAUUAAAGGAUUUACCUGGUCAAUCAUUUUGUCUUGUUUAUAUGAGUCGCAAUAAACACUGUCCUCAGGGUUAUAGUUUACCUUUCAAAGUGAGUUUCUGGCGAACACGUCAGUGACUAUAUACUGCAUUUUAUGUUUAUCUAAAAAAUGGUCAUAUUCAAUUUGACCGAUAUAACUCUUAGCUAGUUCAAUAUAAAGUAAAUUACAUUUUGCUUUAUAAUCUUGGAGAAAGGCUCGUUUACGUCUAUUUUAUAAGUGUUUGACAAAUUAGAAUACUCGAUGUCGAAGUAGAAUGUUUUAAUUCUUCGGGAUUAUGUCCAUACCAUGUGGGUUCGGAAUUUUUGACCCGAAUGUGUAGAAGUAUUUUGUUCAGUAUUUCUUCAUUAAACCGACUAGAAGCUCUAAUUAUCCAAACUAGAAGAAUCAACAAAUUCAUGAAAAUUCUGUAGGACCUCGACUAUUUGUAGUCUCGACCAGUGAAACAACAAUACUGUGUGUGAUUGAUCAACUUUUGCGGGUGAGAUUUCAUUUUUAAAUGUAGUCAUUCCUUCUUGAAUGUAACAAUUGAUUUACAGUUCUUGUUGUGUAUGUUUGACUUUAUUGUUGGAGUCCUUGGGAUAAUUUUAUUGCGUAGUCAAGGGCUAUGCUGCGUUGCUCAAAAUCGGUUGCAUUAGGAAAGAUGCAUUCAUUCUUUAUCUACUCCUGUCUUGACUUUAACACUUUUUCGUAAUCUUGAUUACCUAUUGUCGUUCAUUUGAUUUAAAUCGUAUUCGUUAAAUUCAGUUUCUACGCCAUUGCCACCAUAUUUUUAGUCUCAUUGUCAGUCUUGCUAGUUAUUUUCUUUUCUAUGCUGAUGUAAAACGUGAUAACGCAUACCGAUGUAUAUUUGUGGAAGACCCUAAGUUCUUUGUGUCCGUUUCUGUGAUUGUAAUUAUAUUCGCUUUUCCCUUACUACAAACAGUUUUACAACCUUUAAAGCCUUCAAAGAAUCAAACCAUGCUCCCGAUUUAUCAUCCUUCCUAUUUUUCUACCAUUAAGUAACUGUUUUGUUAGUUAUAUUGUGGCUUCAACUUUCAGUGAAUUCAGUCUAUUACUAUACGUAAGCCGUUUACGUAUGUUUGUGAGUGUACACACUACGUACUUAUAUAGUUAUUGUCAGAUCAGAGGCAAUUUUAUACGUAUAAACACUAUCCUGUAUUUAUAAAAGAACUAUUUGCAUAUAAUAUAAAGGUAACUAAAAUAUAGCCUAAUAAUCUUGCUGAUCUGUUAAUCCCUAUUAUCAAUCAUAUAUAUAUAUAUCCAAAGUGAUCCUAGAUUAUUAUACGUCAGCGAUUUCUUCUAUAUGGUUAUUAGUUUGUCUUUUGUAUAUGUCCUUUUUGAUUUUAUAUCUAUCCUAUCUUACUACAACAUAAUUCUACUCAACUUUUCACCUCUUUAACACACUCUUCAUAUCAGAUUCGUACUGUAAGUUUGAAAACUUAGAAUUCAUUAUAUAUGCAUAACAAUCUGAUGAGUCGGCUAACACGCUAAUGAUUAUAUACAUACUCAUUGUAGAUACUUAUUACACAUCUAAAAUAACUGAUUUGUUACAUUUUCUCACCUUUCACAACAUAAUAUCGAGAACAGUAUUUAUUCAUUGUUUACUCUUACUUGGUUUCUGUCUUUUCUAUAUACCCCUUCUUUGCUGUUAUAAGAUGCCAUAGCUUUGGUAGUUACGCACAUUUACCAAGUCGUAUACCAUUUUGUGUAUAUUAGCGUUCUCUUCUAUACUUUAUAAUAUACUACUUUAAUUAACAAAUAUAUGAUACUUUAUACAGUUAUUGUUUUCUGUACAUAAUGUUUGAGAAUUAACACGUAAUUAUUUGCAAAUAAAUACUGACCAUUCUUUUAUUUGUGAAAACUGUUUGACACCAAUCCUACUUAAAGUAUAUCAUUGAUUCCAUUAAUCAUUAACCAUUAGCCUAACUGCAUAAUUUACUGUAUAUUGUGGGUUUCUGCUUCUCGUUCUUCCUGUUUUCCGAAACCCUUUGAGUAUUAAAAAACGACACAUCAUGUGAUUGUCAAAACUAAUAUAUUAAAUAAUUUUAAAAAAAAAUUAUAUUUAAUUCUUUAUAGGUUAAAAAGUUAACGAAAUUAAAGAAAUUACUACCGAAAUUUCUUUUGUCUAAAAGAAAACCAUCGUAAUAAGUAAUUAUAGUUGUUACAGAAUUAAUUAUAUACUC